AUGGCCAUGUCCAAGUAUGAGACCAUCAUGUGGGAAAAGGAGAUGAAAGAACAGAUCUUGUGUACCUCACGCACGUAUCCUGUAUGCUUGGAAGCUCACUCCAACUUCUACCCUUGA